GCCAAAGCCAACUGCAGAUCUAAUCUCGAAAAUAAUCAACACGAAAACCACUUAAUCAACUCAGAAAAUACACAUAGAAAACACAAAAUAAGCAAAAGAACAAAACCAGAUCUAUACCCUCCUUUUCUUCCCUUUCACCUUGAUCACUCGUGCCCUGUUCAAACCCAGAUCUGGAUAGAAGGAUGUUGGACAACACCGGUGACCGUGGGUGGUGCCGAUGUGAUGUAGGUAAUUUAUGUGUGAAACUCAGAUUUGAGUUUGAGAAAAACCCAGAUCUGGGUUUGAGAGAAGAUCUGGAUUUUGGAUGGCCGCAAAAGGCACACCAGGAUCGCUUCACUCAUGCUCUUCGCUUGCUAAGUGAACCAUUCAUCGGUGCCGAGGAAGAAGCCUGGGAAAGAAGAAGGGGCGAAUGGAUGAGAGAGACGAAGGGAGGAAGAAGAAGAUGAAUAAUCUAAUAUUAAAUUAUGUUGGUCUUU